UAUAAUUAAAUGUGGUUUGUGGUAGUCUUGUUUCAGUUUAACUAGUAAUUUUUGAUUGAAAACAUGUUCAAGUUUUUUAAUGUAAAGUCUCUCAAACCUCAUCCUAACAGUGUUCAAGCGAGAUUGCCUGAUGCGUACAAACAAUACAUUGAAUCAUUAAAAUUACCCCCUACACCUGUGCACUAUAUUCCAAAUGAUAUGAAAUAUGAAUUGCACCCUUUGACUAAAGAGCGAGUGCGGAGAGAAGAUAGGCCUAUACCAUUAAAGUUUCCUAAAGAAGCUGAUGAAGGAAUUUGGGGUGGUGAAGGUGUUAUACAAGGAUUUAAUAAAGACAAGCCGAAACGAAGAAGAUUUCCACAGUAUUGGGUGCCAAAGUUAAAGAAAGCUGUUGUUUAUAGUGAAAUUUUGAAUCAAUAUAUGGAGGUUACAGUUACUGAACGAACAUUGAGACUUAUCGAUCAGUAUUAUGGUUUUGAUCAUUAUAUUUUAGGUAGUCCAGUGCAAGAUCUGAAAUCACAGCUGGCUCUGAAUAUUAGAAGAAAAUUACUUUUAGCCCUCUUAAAUGAAGAGAAGCAUCAUAAAGAUGAAGCAACAAAUCAAGAAGUUUUAGAAAAAUACAAAAAAUAUAUGAUACCAAGGGAAGAAGCUGAAUGGUUUGGGUUAACUGAAAGAGAAGCUGUUCAAAAACAAAGGUUAUUAGAAGAAGAAACACAACCAGUGCCUUUGAAGCAUGCUUUCCGUCAGAAAUAUAUAGAAGAGUUAAAAAGAAAAGCAGCAGGAGUAGUUGAAGAAAACGAAGGAACAAGCGAAGCUGUUGAAGAACAAGAGGAGAGGUCUUGGCUUUCAAGAUUUAAUCCAUUUUCAAGUAGAAAAAAUGAUGAAAAAUAACAUAUUUAUCUGCUUUUAGCUGGACUGAAAUGUUUGUAAAUAUCUAGGAAAUAAAAAAAAGUAACAACAAUAAA